GUGGCGAUUGAAGAUUGACUGAAGACUGACAAGUUUUUACACCAAUCGCCAAUGAGUUUUUGGGCAGAGUAGGCGGGCCUUAGCAUCAGCACGCAGUACGCAGUUUCCUUUCCGUGCGUCCGGCGUUGCGGCUCCGUCCUCUAAGCAGAAGCCAUGGGCAGCGUGCUUGCUGCCAGCUCGUCACCCCCAGCUCCGAGGGAACCGGGGCAGAUCUCCGUGCCCCCAGGCUUCACCAUGCCCCCUGUCUCAUCCCUGCUGACCCCCCCGAAUGUGGGUGAUCAGGUGGCUGAAGUGGAGAGUCCCCUGCCCAACCCCGGCACUUUUGAGGAGUGUCACCGCAAAUGCAAAGAGAUCUUCCCUAUGGAAACAGAAGGAGUAAGAUUGGUGGUCAACAAGGGUCUGAGCAAUCAUUUCCAGGUCAAUCACACGCUGUCUCUCAGCACCCUGGGUGACUCCAGCUACAGGUUCGGGGCCACCUACGUCGGCUGCAAGCAGUCAGGACCAGCUGAGUCCUUUCCGGUAAUGGUGGGGGAUAUGGACAACAGCGGCAGUCUCAAUGCCCAGGUCAUCCACCAGCUCACGGAGAGAGUGCGUUCCAAAAUGGCUUUCCAGACGCAGCAGCAGAAGUUCGUGAACUGGCAGUGUGAUGCUGAGUACCGCGGCGCCGACUUCACCACCGCCGUCACCCUCGGCAACCCGGACCUGCUUCUCGGCUCCGGUAUUGUGGUGGCGCAUUACCUGCAGUCUGUUACCGCCUCGCUAGCGCUGGGGGGGGAGCUUGUGUACCACUGCAGACCUGGAGAACAGGGUGCCGUGUUGUCCCUGGCUGGCAGGUACACAGGCACUAAUUACAUCGCCACUGUAACUGUUGGGGGUGCGGGGGCCCAUGCGUCAUAUUACCACAGGGCCAAUGAGCAGUUGCAGGUGGGGGUGGAGUUGGAGGCCAGCACGCGCAUGCAGGAUACCAGCGUUUCCUUUGGCUACCAGCUAGAUGUGCCCAAAACCAACCUGCUCUUCAAAGGCUCGAUCGACAGUAACUGGGUGGUGGGAGCUACGCUGGAGAAGAAGCUGCUUCCCCUGCCACUCUCGCUGGCGCUGGGGGCGUUCCUCAACCACCGCAAGAACAAGUUCCAGUGCGGCUUUGGCAUCACCAUCGGGUGAAGGGCAGGCAGCAGCACCCACGGCUUCGUCGGGCAGUCAGGCAGGCGAGCGGCGGCCUUUGAACACCGGGGGGCACAGCACCCCCCGUAACCACACAGCCGUAACAGCUGCUUCUCUACUGUACUGCACGAGAGAGAAAGGAGAAGCCAGUAUUGGCUAAAGCUGGUAAUUGGGUAGAAUGAUAGUUAUUUUGCUUUUGAAAUUCUUUUAGCCGUUCGUAUGUAUAAAGUGUGAAUCGGUAUGUCACGUGUAUGAAUGUUACAAAAGGAAAUUUUCUAAUAAAAUGAGGUUCAUGAUCAAUAAAGUGAUCUUAAGGAUGCACAGAUGGUAAUGAAAGGCAAUAAAA